AUGAAUGCUUCUGUGAUAAAUGCUCCCCAGAGUGGGUUAACAUUCAGGGAUGUGGCUGUGGACCUCUCACAGGAGGAAUGGGAAUGUCUGGACUAUGGUCAGAGAACAUUGUACAUGGAUGUGAUGUUGGAGAAUUACCACAAUCUAGCCUUUGUGGAGAAUCAUCGCAUAUGUGGUAAAUAUGAGAAGGGCUUGAAUCAAGGCACGAAUCACAUUGUCCUUGAGGAUGUGAAUAACCAAGAGAAGUCUUAUAAAUGUAAUGAGCUUGGGAACAUAAUUCAUGAAUCCUCCCAAUGUACACCUUAUGACACAAAUGAUACUGCAGAACAUUGCAACAAGUACAGAAUUGGUAUCCACAGAGAUGCUUCUGUUGAAACAUACAUAAACAGACAUAAAAGUGGGAACAUUGGAGAAGAACCUUGCAAAUAUAAAGAGUAUGUAAACUGUUUAAAUUUGUAUUCUAUCAUUAGCCAAAAUCAAAGAAUUCACACAGGGAAGAAAGGACACCAAAAUACAGAGUGUGAUAAAUCUUUUGACUUUCAAACUAAAAUCACACAGAAAUGUACCAACUGUGGGAAGAAACUACACCAAUGCAGGAAAUGUGGAAAAUGCUUCAAGAUGGACUCAAGCCUCAGUGGACAUCACAGGGCUCAUAUUAGAGAGAAAACUUAUAAAUGUACAAAAUGUAGUAAAUCCUUUUUGCAUUUGUCCCAACUCAGUCAUUACAAAAUCCAUUGCAGAGAAAAACCUUACAAAUGUACAGACUGUGCUAAGUGCAUUUAUCAUACACCCAACAUUGAAUGUUAUUAUAGGAUCCACACUGGAGAGAAUACUUACAAAUGUAGUGAUUGUAGCAAAUCCCUUAUAAGUGCCUCAUCGCUUAGAACACAUCAGAGAACCCAUACGGGAGUGAAACUUUACAAUUGUAGCAAAUGUGAGAAAUCUUUUUCCAAGAAAGACCAUCUUAGAACUCAUCAGAGAAUGCAUAUAAGAGAGAAACCUUUCAAAUGUAGUGAAUGUGACAAAUACUUUACUAAGAAAGAGAAUCUUAAAACACAUCAGAGAAUCCAUACAGGAGAGAAACCUUACAAAUGUAGUAACUGUGACAAAUCCUUUUCUAAGAAAGAUAAUCUUAAAACUCAUCAGCGAAUCCAUACAGGAGAGAAACCUUACAAAUGUAGUGAAUGUGAUAGAGCCUUUACCCUGAAAGGCUAUCUUAAAACUCAUCAGAGAAUCCAUACAGGAGAGAAACCUUACAAAUGUAGUGACUGUGACAAAUCCUUUACCCAGAAAUUCAGUCUUAGAAUUCAUCAGAGACUCCAUACAGGAGAGAAACCUUACAAAUGUAGUGAAUGUGAAAAAUUCUUUACCCAGAAAUUCACUCUUAGAAUUCAUCAGAGAAUCCAUACAGGAGAGAAACCUUACAAAUGUAAUGAAUGUGACAGAUCCUUUACCCUAAAAGUAAAUCUUACAAACCAUCAGAGAAUCCAUACAGGAGAGAAACCUUACAAAUGUAGUGAAUGCGACAAAUCUUAUUCCAAAAAAGACCAUCUUAGAAUUCAUCAGAGAAACCAUACAGGAGAGAAACCUUACAAAUGUAGUCAAUGUGAGAAAUCUUAUUCCAAUAAAGACCAUCUUAGAAGUCAUCAGAGAAGCCAUACAGGAGAGAAACCUUACAAAUGUAGUGAAUGUGACAAAUCCUUUACCCAGAAAUUUACUCUUAGAAUUCAUCAGAGAAUCCAUACAGGAGAGAAACCUUACAAAUGUAGUAAAUGUAACAAAUCCUUUUCAAGAAGUUCAGCAGGAAAACUCCAUCUACAAACUCAUACAGGUGAGAAGCCUUAUGAAUGGAGUGAAUGCAAGAAAUCCUUUACUCAGAAAGACAGUCUUAGAACUCAUCAGAGAAUACAUACAUGA